AUGUCUGUCCAAGACAAUGCCAGGUUCGACUUCAUUGUCGUUGGUGGUGGCACCGCCGGCAACGUCGUCGCUGGCCGUUUGGCAGAGAACCCAAAUGCUAGAAUCCUAGUCGUUGAGGCUGGUGUGGCCAACUCUAAGGACAUCGAGGACAUCAGAACGCCCUCAAACGCGAUGGAACUCCGUGGCAGUCAGUACGACUGGGCCUACAAGACCACCAUGAUCAAGCGCGACGAUUACGAGCGUAUUGAGAAGCCUAACACCCGCGGUAAGGCGCUCGGAGGCAGUUCGUCUCUGAACUACUUCACUUGGGUGCCUGGAUCCAAGGGUACCUUUGACAUGUGGGAGGAGUACGGCGGAAAGGAGUGGACAUGGGAUAUGCUUGUGCCCUACCUGCGCAAGAGUGCCACAUAUCACGACGACGAGAACGCAUACUCACCGGACCUAAAGAAGAUUGGUACAGGCGGCCCCAUUCCCAUCUCGCACUCGGAAUUGAUUCCUGAGAUGCAGCCGUUCCGUGACCUGCUCACCAGGGCCUGGAAAUCCACUGGCCAGCCUAUCAAUGAGAACAUCUUUGAUGGCGAAAUGGUUGGUCUUACCUAUAGCGUCAACUCUAUCUACAAGGGGCGUCGUUCAGGCAGUUUUCUCUGUGUUAUUGAUAAACCAAACAUCACUAUCCUUCCUCAAGUGCAUUCUAAGAAGCUCAUCAUCGACACUGCUGAUAAGACCUGCAAAGGAGUGAGCGUCAUCACAUCCUCCGGUCAAGAACUCAACCUCUUCGCCACUCGCGAAGUCAUUGUAUCCCAGGGUGUUUUCGAGUCCCCUAAGCUGCUCAUGCUUAGCGGCAUCGGUCCUGCUGCUGAACUCUCUAAGCAUAACAUCCCAGUGGUCCUUGACUCUCCUCACGUCGGCCAGCACCUCCUUGACCACCCUGGCGUCCCCUUCGUCCUGCGUGUGAAAGAUGGCUACAGCAUGGAUGAUUACAUCCUCCGCAAGGACACCCCACAAAACAAGCAAGCCAUCCAAGCCUACCAGAACCAACACCGCGGCCCACUGGGCUCCGGCUUCCUUGAGAUGGUUGGUUUCCCACGCAUCGAUAAGUACCUCGAGAAGUCGCCCGAAUAUCGAGAGGCCAAAGCAUCCAACGGCAACAAGGACCCUUUUUGCCCAUACGGCCAACCGCACUUUGAACUCGACUUUGUGUGCCUCUUCGGCAGCGCUUUCCAGUGGCACUACCCUACCCCAAGGAAGGGCAACUACGUUACUGUCAUGGUUGAUCUUGUCCGCCCUGUCUCUGAGCCGGGUGAGGUUACUCUGAACAGCGCAGAUCCGCUACAGCAGCCAAAUAUCAACCUGAAUUACUUCAACAAUGACCUCGACAUUAUCGCCGUCCGUGAGGGUAUCCGCUAUGCCUACGAUGUGCUAAAGAAUGGCGACGGGUUCAAGGAUAUCAUUGUUGAAGAAUACCCAUGGGAGAUGCCGCUGCAUGAUGACGAGCUGAUGAAGCGAACCGUCUUGGAUCGAUCCCAAACUUCUUUCCAUCCAUGUGGUACGGCUCGUCUGUCGAAAAACAUUGAGCAGGGUGUUGUGGAUCCCAAUCUCAGGGUUCAUGGAAUCAGGAACCUGCGUGUCAUUGACGCGUCUGUCAUCCCUGUGAUUCCCGACUGCCGUAUCCAGAACUCAGUGUACAUGGUGGGUGAGAAAGGCGCUGAUGCGAUCAAGCGUGACCACAGGGACCUUUACUAG